CCAGAGCGGCACGGGGCGUGACGCAUCUCUGACGCACGGUCAGCCUCCAUCGCUAGACGACCCAGCUGACAAACACCACCUAGAAACCAAAGCAGCUACCUCGAUGUGCGGAAAUAUGUAGUUCAUAUCUACACUGGAUUAAAAAUAAGGGGGCUUUUACGGAGAUUGAGCUGUUGAAUGGUGAGGCUACCAUGGGUGGCCAUGACGAUGACAUGUCAUAUGCAAUCAAUAAACAAAAGCAGGACGAGGAGCUCAAGAACAACCUGAAUGACAGCGGACACUGGGUGGACCAGGAGUCCACCGGCAACAACGCCAAAUGGGUCAAAGAAGGACGCAACCAGCUGCGCAAAGUAGCCAAGCACCAAGACCACAACUGCAAUAUCAACCAGAAUGGCAACGAGGAGGGCUUCCUCCUGCACAAGCUCUCCACCGAGGGAGAGCAACAGGGGGUGCAGGGCAAGUCCCCAAAGACCGCCAUCAUCCCCGACCUGAACGAUGAGGAGUCCUCCAAAGUCCUCAUCGACUCCCUGGAGGCCCCAGAGGAGGAGGAGGAGGAGGAGGAGCAGCGGAAGGAGGAGGACGACAAAGAGAAGGAGGAGGAGAAGUCCGAGGAGGAGGAGGAGGAGGAGGAUGAGUCCAGCGUAGCGGAAGGGGAGCGGGUAGUGGAGGAGGAGCAGCGCAGCGACACAGAGUCCCAGAGCGAGGGGGCGGCGGUGGGGAGGAACACCUGCCUGCUGUUCUCCAACGUGAGCGGGACGCCCAGCGACGAGGAGGCCAGCUGGCCGGCGCUGUCCCAGGAGGCCACAGACCAGGCCCCCGACAGCACCCCCAACGGCAACAGAGAUACCUUCUGGGAGUCCAACGCCUUCGAGACGGACACGGACCUGCCCUCUGGCUGGAUGAGGGUGCGGGACACCUCGGGGACCUACUACUGGCACAUCCCCACCGGCACCACCCAGUGGGAGCCCCCCUCGGCCCAGGACAAGCUGGGGGACUGCGUCAUGUCCUCCAGCAUGUCCCUGGAGACCACCCCCUGCGAGGAACAAGAGGAGCCGUGGGUUCAUCUUUCCCACCCCGACGAAGGAGCCUCUGAUACAGAGCUGUGGAAGGAGGGCGAGGUGACCUCUGACCAGAGCUUAAAGGAGUUUGAGGGGGCGACGCUGCGCUACGCAUCCAUCAACCUAAACUACAACUGUUCCCAGUCUGAGGAAGAGCUGAAGCUCCGGCCCCUCUGCACAGAUCUGGAGUCCAAGCAGUGCUUCGCCGUGCGCUCCCUGGGCUGGGUGGAGAUGUCUGAGGACGACAUGGCCCCGGGGAAGAGCAGCGUCGCCGUCAACAACUGCAUCCGCCAGCUGUCCUACCACAAACACAACCUGCAUGACACCGUGGGCAUCUGGGGAGAGGGGAAGGAUAUGCUGAUGGUCCUGGAGAACGACACCAUGAACCUGAUCGACCCCCUGGGCCAGACCCUGCUGCACGGCCAGCCCAUCGCCAGCAUCCGAGUGUGGGGCGUGGGGAGGGACAACGGCAGGGACUUUGCGUACGUCGCCCGGGACAACCUGACCCAGGUCCUCAAGUGUCACGUGUUCCGCUGUGAUUCGCCAGCCAAGAACAUCGCCACCAGCCUGCAUGAGAUGUGCUCCAAGAUAAUGACUGAGAGGAAGGCCUCCAAGCCAGGCCUCAGCAGGCUGGACUCGGACUCCCCCAGACCCAUGGUCCAGGAGUUCCCCGCCCCAAAAAGCGAGCUCUUCCAGCGCUUCCACGUCUACUACCUGGGGAACGUGGCCGUGGCCAAGCCCGUCGGGGUCGACAUGGUGAAUGAGGCUCUUGAAGUUGCUAUGAAUGCGAAAGACAAACAAGACUGGACCCCUGUUUCUGUCAACGUGGCCCCGGCUACCCUCACCAUACUCUCAAGACAGACGGAGGAGGUGCUGUCAGAGAACCGCGUGCGCUUCCUGUCCUUCAUGGGCGUGGGGAAGGACGUGCACUCCUUCGCCUUCAUCAUGGCCGAGGGCCCGCGGGACUUCAUCUGCCACAUGUUCUGGUGUGAGCCCAACGCCGCCAGCCUGAGCGAGGCGGUCCAGGCCGCCUGCAUGCUCCGCUACCAGAAGUGUCUGGACGCGCGGCCCCCCAGCCUGGCCUCCUGCCUGCCCACCCCCCCGGCCGACUCGGUGGCACGCCGCGUCAAGAAGGGGGUCCAGAGUCUGCUGGGCAGCUUCAAGGGCUACAAGGCUGCCCCCCAGUCCCCCUGAGGACCCGCAGGAGGCCACCGUCACGGCUCCCAUAACCUCCUCCUCCUCACCUCCCCAAGUACCUCUCCCUCCUCCUCCUCCCCAAGUUCCUCCUCCUCCUCCUCCUCCUCACCUCCCCAAGUACCUCUCCCUCCUCCUCCUCCUCCUCCUCACCUCCCCAAGUACCUCUCCCUCCUCCUCCUCCUCCUCCUCAUGCUUCUCUCACUGUUCUGCCUUACAAGUUGAACCCUCACCACUUCCCCACUCACACACCUGAUACACACCUUGACACACACACACACACACACACACACUCACACACACAUUCCCGCCUACUACAUCCCCACUUUGUCGUUAGUGUAGAACAUGAAGCAAUGGUAACGCCUUCUCCUCUUUUUAACCCGUAACUGUCCUCAAACCCUCCACUCCAAAUGAAUGAGCUUCGGCACCUUUUUAUUCUUCUUACUUUUCCGUGGGAUUCUUCGUGCGAGUUUAUAACUAUUUUUGUGUUUUAACAGAAACAUGCUAAGAAUGUUGGAUAUGGAUGUAAUGUAUUCUCUCGCUGCGGCGCAGAGAUCCGAGCUCGAUUACAGAGCUCGCUAGACUCACCCCCCAUAAAUCAUCUCCCUCCUCCCAUCCCAUUGUGCUGUAUUUGCUGCGUUCACACUACAGGGUAGAGAAUGUCCUGCGACUGAUUCCCAGGACACAGCCCCGAUUCUUUUAGUGCAAUGGGAACCGCCAUAAACACAGGCCCUCUGAUUUAGUACAAUGGCUCUUUUUUGUCUCCUGCCAUCGCCCCCGUUUUAUUUUCUUCCGAUUAACUGCCAAAAACUGACCACUAACGUUAAGCCGUGACCUUCACUAAUGUAACCCCAUUAUCUCCAGAUAACUGCAGUGUCAUUUCCCCCGUCCUAACCAGGGUUACACGUGUCGUACAUUAACGCCAGAAAUCUGACAUCUGUACAAAGAAAUGUGUGACACUACGUAUGUCUGUGUGCUGCAUGCUUACCCCCCCCCCCCCCCCCAAUCCCUGCCUUGCCCUCCUCCAAGCAACGCAUUUUUAGUCUUCCAAAGAAUCAUCAUCCGCGUCGAACCGACCCCCGUUCGGGAGCUCGCUCUCUCCAUCUGUGUGAACGUCGUCCCUCCCCGUUGCCGAGUUCAGAGCGCGAAGCGUGUGCAAUACUCAGAUUUAUCCCCCUUUUGCAUCUGAUGAGUUCCACACACACACAUUGUACCCGAUAGCCAUCCGCUGGCGUUGUGCGUAAGGAAUAGUAAUAAUAGAACCACAGACUCCGUGCCAGCCUCCACAGCCGCCACCACCCCCCCCCCCCCCCCCCUUAUCCUCACUGACUAGUACUGUAGAACAGCGUCUCUCCACUAAAGCUGCAUGCUCAUAGGGCGUAGAGGUCUAUCAGGGGGGUCUGACCGCGCGGUCUUAGCGCUAUAGACCCGUUUGUGUGUAUCCUAGUAGAACGUGUAUGUGCUUGUGUGUGUGUGUGUGAUGUAAAACGGGGGGUGUCGGUGGUAGUGUCGUCGGUGUCCGCUAGGCAUGUCCCUCUCUCGUUCGCGUGUCGGUGUAUUUACAGUAUGGGCUGUUGAGUAGUGCUAGUGGCUUAGCUUCCCCCGCCCAGCCGGCCCCCCUCUUUAGACUGCGUGUUUAGAGCCCCUCACUGUCCUAUGAUUUACAAAGGGUGGACUCGUAGUGGAGGACCUCUUCUUUGACGGUUUACACUUUGAGUCCGUUUUUAUUUUUGUUUAUUUGGAUGUUUUUUUCCCGCCAAGGCUCCAGGGGUCACUCUCGCCUCGGUUAUGUCAAGAAUUGUAUUUUGUAUUUUUGUUUGCAAGCACUAAAAGAAAUGUACACUACACUCCUGGCAAGUUACACAUUUGCUUCGUAGAUUUAGUUUUUAUUAAACGAAACAAGAUAUAUAUAUCGAACCGUAAAUACUGCAAAGGUGUGUUUUAGGUUGCUUGUGUGUGUUGAUGUAUUUAGCGAUUGUAGAAAUAGCCAUGUAAAGGAAGAAAAAGAAACAAAGACAGUUUGAAGAUUUGGUUUGGGCUUCCCGGUAUUGCGUUGGCCAUGUCGUUAGCUUGCUUCUGUAACCUCCUCUGGCUGAGUAAUAUCAAUAAAUGUAUCAAUCCGGAAAAUACAUAAAAAAAUAUGUAUUUUAUAACAUUGUAUUUUAAGUACUAAACGUAACGAGAUUAACUGCAGUAAAAACAACAAGAGAAAGUGAUGCCUUUUGAUUUAGACUGCCAACUAUAAUGGAAAAUACAUGUGUGGACUGUGUGUGGUGGUGAUGGCUGGUUCAUACUGUGUGCAUGGAUCGCCCAACGCACCCCAGGUGUGCGGCCUCACCCAGCCCCAGGGUCUAAUCAGUCUGCCUCGCGCCAGGGGAGGCCGCUUGAAGCAGCCAUCAUCCACAGACACACACUUCACAACAUUGUUGUCCGAAAAGUACACAAUCUGCCUGUAACCUCCAGAGUAGAGUCUCUCUAGCCGAGAUGCGAGACACCAUUUUUAUAGUCGUGAGAAAGACACUGCAUUUUGAAUGUUUUGUAGUGAGACAAACGUAGCAUUCUGUAAUGCACCCUUUUGAUUGUGUAACACUGUAUCUCCUAGCUUAAAGACCUACUGACGGAUUCUUGAAAUGUGUAACGUGUGAACACUAAUUUGAACGUAGACUAAUCUCGACGUAGUCACAUGAUUCUGCCUUGUCACUCACAUGUCCGAUCGGAAAUGUGCCCCCUCUCUUAUCGUGGCGUCGGCACGCUCGCACGCUGUCGACACUAAAGAACAAUUAUGAAAUAUUAGCAGAUUAAUUUAUUUCUGUUGAUGUAAAUUAGGUGUAUAAAAUAUAUGUAUAUAAAAGUCACUGCACAAUAAAUGUGAACAUAUCAUGGUU